AUGGGUAAACGAAUCGGAAUUGUUUACAUGAAGGAUUUCAUCGGCAAAGCGGCACUUGAGGAGCAACGCGAACGAGGUGUGAACAAAAGAUUCGUUCAACUACUCGUCGACAGGCACGAUUUGGAUACCGAUCCGUGGCCACAAGGAGGAGAGACAUUGUUUAGAGAUGGGAAGCCGGUCGGUUACACGACGAGCGCCGCCUACGGAUUCACACUUGGAUGCCAGAUUUGCAUUGCCGUCAUCGAGAACAAGAAUUUCGGAGUCACCACCGACUAUGUACAAAAGGGAACCUACGAGGUGGACAUUGCGGGGAAACGAUUUCCGGUUCGCGUCAAUCUACACUCGCCGAAUUUGCCGAUGAUCAGCAGUGAUCAUCCGACGCAUUAUCGACCAACACAACAAGAU